AGAUAUGUGGAAAAUGAAGCCACCACAUCUAUGCCCUUGAAAUGACCUCAAAGCGCUCUCAGCCGAAAAAUAUUACGUGGAUGAAUAGAAGUAUGGCAGUCUUUUUAAAAAAUCUUGUCAUUUUCUUCUGACUUUCAAUCUGUUACCUUCUAAAGAGUAAACUCGACCUCUGUUCUUGUUCAAAUGGAAAAGGAAAACAUGGACUCAAAUAAACAAAGUUACUGUCCAUAAUAACAAAAUGUCCUAUAGGCACUUGAUUAACUCUCCUAUCCCAAAAUUAAUGUGCUGAUUGACGUACCAUGCUCAAAAUUCCUGAAACAAUGUCAAUAAAGAAAUUUAACUUGCCAGAUUUUUCAUAUGGGGAUGAAAUUGAUUAUUAUGCUGUAUCACCAACAAUAUUGCAGUUAGAUCACCAAGAAAUCGUUGAAACAGACCAUUCAUCUGGCAAUCGUCUAUUGAAUGGUGAUUCAGUAACUGAGACAGCUACUACUAAUUCAAAUCUCGAUUUAGGAUUAAAUAAAGAAGCUGAUUAUCUAUUCUCAUUUGAAUUAGACACUAAUACACUUCCGUUAGAAUUAUUGAGUAAAGAUUUAGAUACUCCAGAUUUUAAUUGGACGGAUUUAUUACCCGACUCCAAUGAAUUAGUAUCUCUGGACGAUAUUAAUCCUGGUAAUUUUUCAAAAUCUAAACAAAUUAAAAAUGAGAAAGUGAAGUUUACCAAUUGUCAAAGAAAAUCUUUGAUGAAUCAUUUUAAUCCAAUACCAAAGUUUUCAUAUCAAGAGAAAACUAUUCAACAACAAGAACUUUUAUAUUCAUCAUCAUCAGCUCAUAGUUCUUCAAGUUCUGUCAUUAACCAUCAUCAUUGUCACCAAUUGUUGAAUUCAACGGAAAUUAAUAAUGAGUGUGAUAUGAAUGAUUCUUAUAAAACUAAUAAAAUAAUUUGUCUAAAUAAUGAAGAUUUACUAAAUGGUAAACCUGGAGAAUGCGUUAAAUUAACUUCAGAAGAAUAUAAAAUGCUCCAAAGAAUCGGUUGUCAACUACCUAUCAAAUUUCCAUUAAGUCAAACUAAUGAAAAAGCAAUACGUACUGUCAGACGAAAAAUUCGUAAUAAACUCUCUGCUCAAGCUAGUCGUGCCAAACGUCAAAGGUAUGUAAUUGACUUGGAACGUCGGUAUUCUAUGUGUACUGAAGAAAUCAAACAAUUACGUCGACAAGUAUAUGAAUUGGAGGAAGAUAAACGGAGUCUUACAAUACAUCUACGCAAAUUACGGUCUUAUAUCAAUAAAUUCAUGAAUAAACGAAGUGAAAAGUCCUAUUUACCACUAUUCAUAAACUCCAACAAUACUGAAUUUAAUCAUAAUCAUAAUAAUAAUAAUAAUAAUAAUAAUAAUAAUAAUAAUAAGGUGACUGCUAAACAAGCCGCUAAAGCGGCAGCCGGUGGGACUAGUCUCUUGUUAAUGACGUUCAUGAUAUUGAUGUGGACUGCUGUAGUUCCAAUACCGUCGGUCAUAAAAACGUUAGAUACCGCAUCAUCGAUGUCUACAAGAAAUUUUUUCAGUUCAUUUCCAGGUCGGUCUCGAAUGUUGAUGAGUAUUAACAACCCUCCAGAAUUGUAUUCUUCCUCUUCCUCGUCUUCUCAAGACCUAAUUCUUAAUGAAUCAAAAACAACUUUAUCCAAUCCGGAUAUUACACCUGACAAUACAAUUCAAUAUAUUGUUCCGAUUAGUAAGUUUAUUACACCAGUGGUAAGUGAUUUUUUUAUUCGUGUUUAUUAUGUUUUGUUUCUUUUUUUACGAGAAAAUCAUGAGUUUAAUGUUUAAUGCUACUUAAGAAUUUGUCUUCGUCGUCUCUAUUGUUUUGAAGUUAUUCAAUCAUUGCGAUAGUUAAACCUGAUAGUUGUAUACUACACUGUAUACAACUAUGAAGUGGCGUAGAACCGUGAUGAGGCAAAAAAUAUGGAUAGCUUUUUGUACCGGUGUUUCCGAAGUUUUUAAUGUAUCUAUGUAGCUGUUGUGUCUUGUUAUUGAGGUUCAGUACGGCCUAUGAUGUUAUGGAUUUAGGAACAAAAACGAUUGAGUUCCUCUAAUACGAUUGGUUCUCUUUGGAACUGACAACAAUCAAUUAUACUCAACACAUCAAACCUCGACGGCUAAGACAGGAAGAAGACGAUAUGCAGGUAACUUGACAUUUGUGGUAGAACAAGCAACUCAAACAAAAUUGGUACAAAAGUUGUUACUAUAUUAGCAGAAUAUGACCUUCGAGUAUGUAGCAGCUUAUCGAACUAAAAAAACAUGGCAACCAGUUAGAGGGCAAAGGUCAUACGGAAAAUCGAGUGGGCAGAAAUUAUCGUUCCACAACAGAUCUUAGCCUUUCUAAGAAAAUCUGACUAUUCGUGCAACCGCCUUAGCAGUAGCGUAAGAAUCACAUAGCUAACGUUUUCAUUAAGCGAUAAGUUUUAAGAUCAUCCGUUAAUUUUUUAAAUCGUUUAUGAACUGCACAAUGAUUCAGAACUUUAAUCAAUUUGGAAAUAAUGGCUAUCAUCAUGAAAUAAUAUUCUAUGCACAUUUCAAUGUGAUUGGCUUAUAUUCAUGUAUCGUUUAUACAUAUUAAGUAGUUUAGUUUGUUAAGUAUGUAUUUUAUGUAAGACUAUUUGCUUUUAACUGUUUUGCAUUAAUUAUCAAGCAAUUAAGUUUAAGUCUGGCCUAUUCUAUCUUAAAUAUUCUACAGUCUAAAUGAUUAUUACUUUCUUCAUCAUUUUCAAACUAGUUAUUGUUAAUUUUCACACUUACUUAUACUGUUUAUUACAGUGUUAGCAACUCUUGAAUCGAUUUUCCAUAUUUGUGCCAAUUUUUAAAGCAAAAUGUACUCUGCGUUCUAGUGUCAGAAAAUUAGUGCAUGUAAUUUAUUAAAGUCAGUAGACUAAUGUUUGCUGAUGUGUGAGUAAGCUGGAAAAAAACUAGAGGAGAGAAAAACAAAACAUAAGAUCAAUCCAGGAACUGAUUGAUUGUUGAACUAACCCUUGUCGAUAGGUACAGACUAUGCUUUAUUGAGGUCCACUCGAUUAUCAUAACCACUAAUUGAAGAUGUUUGAUUGUGGUGGCAUGUCUCAAAACUAAUCUGAACGGUUCAGAUGUAUUCACUCUUUAUCUCUCCUUACAUCUUGCGUUUCAAAAUUAUCUUAUACUUGAUAUUCAUCAAAUUAGUUUUUGCUUCAAGAUCCAUAUUCUCUAUGCCUUAUGUUUUCAUCCUUUACUGUCACUAAUUCUGUUAGCAGUUCUACUAUCCUGAUGCGUUUGUCUUGAUAAUUUCAUUAUACUGUGUUGAUGUAGUAUGAACAAGUUGAACCGAUCCGAAUAUUUAUCAGAUUCUAUGUUGUUUAUGACCUACUAACUAAUAUAAAUCACUUCAUAUUCAUUAAAUAAUGUUUCAUUUUAUUUAUUUUCAUUUGAAAGAUUACUGAACAAUAAUGAAUAAUCUAUCAGAAAUUAAUUUACAUUUAUAGCUAAUAUUUUUACACCACAAUUAUCCAUAUACAGUGCCUAAACCAAACACAGAAUCAAUAUUCUCUAAACAGUAAAUUUGACGUUAAUAAUAAAUAAUUCCAAAGAGAGAGAGAGAAAAAAGAGGAAAACAGUUGAGUAGAAUGAAGCAAUCAAUGAUGCUUUCAAAAAAAAAAGAAUAAAGAAAUAAAAAGACAAAGAAAAGAUUGUCUUAUCUCUUCUUUUCCAUUAAUUUCAUUCUCAUUUAAUAUUGUCAUAGUGUAGUGAAGGAGGACACAGGUGAGAACAACCAAAUUGUAUUUAGCACAAAAUUACAGAGUUACUUUGUAAAAUAGAAAACCAUUAUAGUAAAUCGUUAAUUUGCAAAAUAUCAUUCAAUCAUAUCAAACCGGGCUGUUGCUGUUGCAAACAUCAAUCCAUUGUCUCACAUUUCGUUGUUCAUGCGAUUUCUUACAAAUUCCAUUGUGUUCUCGCUCUUCCUUUCUUAAUCUUCCCCAUCUUCCGCUGCCAGACAUUAUGUUAACUCACGUUAUAUACUACCUAUAUCAAUAUAAGUAGCACGCACCACAAUAGAGUCCAUUACCAUUUACAUCAUGUAUGUUUAAACAAUAACAAUAAUUAAUAAUAUUUUGAUUUAUAUAUAAAUAUGAAAAAAGUUACUUUCUUUUUUCUUGAAAAUAAAAAUACUUCAAUUCAUUAAUUCUAUGUUGUUGUUCCGUUUUUUUUUUUUCUUCUUUUGUUGUUUCUCUUUUACUGUCAUUAAAAAUCAGUCAGUAAAACAGGACAAUAUUGAUAGUGAUUACCUUGAAUAUUAUCUAAACGAUGUAAUUCAUAUUUUGAAAAUAAUUACAAAGUGCUUACUGAUUUACAAGCAUAAUCAAGGUUAAUAAUAAUAAUAAUAGAAAUGGAACAAUAAAAAUGUAUUAUUUAAAAACAACUGAUUCGUAGGAUGUUUUUAUUUGAAUGUUUGUUACUCAAUUUGUAAUAAUGUAAAACAUACUAUGUAGAUGAAAUGCAUAAUCUGAGGUAAUAUCAUUUUGGUGUACAACAUUAUUAUCGGAGUAUAUAAUGUAAUCAAAAUCAAUCUUGUAAUUAUAGAUAUGUCUGUAAUCAAGGAUGUAACAUGGAAAUAUGUUCAAUGGCAUUGUCACAACUUUAUGAAAGUUUUGUAAUGAUAAAUAUCGCAUACAGUGCGACAAUCAGAAACUAGUAUUUUCUUGAUACAAGGACUGCUAUGUCAUGUUUGAAAAAGUGCAAUUUAAUGAUGAAUGAUUCCAACUCUAUUAAAGGGUACUUAUAAUCAUCUACAAUUAGAAGCAAAGUGAAUAAAAAUAAAAAUGUUAUAACUGUGAAAAUAGUGCUGAUUAAGGGUAGCGAAUUAUUGAUCGGACCAAAGACGCGCAAACACGUAGAACGACCAGCCCAGCCAGUUAAGUCCAGAACGCAAGUCUCAGCCCCGGAUAUAUGAAUCAUUAUAAUUCAAACACACUGUUUAUUAUACUAAUCAAGCAAACCACAUCGUACCAUAAAAUAGAAAAUAACAUUGUACAAUAUUGACCAGUAGGAAAAUGACACGUGAAAUAAGCACUGACCAAUAAGAGAAUAAUACCAUCUCCAAAUUCAAGAAUAGCAUUAGACUUAAUAGAAUAAUUUUUGGGAUAUUUUCCUGAAUAUCCCAACAACAAAAAACAUGGAAUAACAAGGGAAAUUCUUGUGAUAGGUCUAUUGUCAUUACGUUUUUGAUUGUUUCAUAAAAUACAGAUCUAGAUAAAAAAAAAUUAUCUGAACCAACCAACUGUUCUGUAUAUAUCCUUACAAGAACGAAAGGUCUGUUAUAGUUAGGAUGAGGUCUGGAAUUAACCAGGAAUAAUAUAACCUUGUAAUAAAAUCAGCAUGAAGGAAAUUUUGACAAGUAUGCUCCAUAAUAACAAUUUCCACCUAUUUAAAGUCCCUAUGAUUUCACUGAUGAAGUGACACGUAUUCUUCAAUUUAAGGACUUUUAAGUUAGUAUAAGAAAAGAGGAAAUUAUCGACAUGUCGUUCAGACGUUGGUAGGGAAUUUGUUCCAUGGAUAAAUUAUAACAAUUUAUUCCAGAUUGUCGCAAGUAAACUGGUCAGUUAAUUUACACGAAUAUUUGUCAAUGUUAGAUCGAAUAGCUUAACGAAAAUUGGGCUCCGAGUAUAGAGAAGUCAUUAUAUGUAAAAUUCACAUUUGAAAUAUAACUCCAACGUUUCCUCCAGCAAACUUGUCUGGAUUUCUUCAGGGUACUAAUCAAAGAAGUAUGUAGCGCUAAUCCAGUCAUAUUUGGAUCUUGACUUUAAUAAGUAGGAUAACAUGAGUCAGUUAAAGGCGAAUCAUGUGAAAAUAAAUGACCGGACAAAUUGUAUAUGUAAAAUUGAAUUAUUAAUAGUUUAUACUAAGUGUUAAUUUGUUUGUAUAUGAAGGAAAAAUUAAAGUGCAAGUUGAAGGUUAAAAAAUUGUUUCUAAAUCGUCGAUGUGAAAGUAAAAUGCGAAUUGUUAAAUGCAUAAUUCUAUUGCUAAAUUGACCCACAUUAAUUUCAGUCAGAAUAACGAUGUAUGUGAAAUAAACAGGUUGGAUAAAGAAAGGACCCAAUUACUUGUUAACGAACAUUUACCAAGUAGUUGGUGGU